UGGCCCUUGUGUGCCUUCUUAGUGGUUCUUGGGUGCUGCUGACCUCUCUCGUGAGGCUGCAUCUCCAUCAUUGCUACCGUACACUAAAUUACGACCUUUUACCCGCUUUUUCUUCCCACUAGCCGCACCUUGUUUUCUCCCCUUCGACUACCUUGGGUCACUCUCCAUUCUCUUUCUUCCUCCCUUUACCAUCUCUCGAUACGGGAGAUUCACAAAUAACAACUACACGAUAUGUCUGAAAUUCAAUCAAGGCCUUCUGCCUCUCGUGGCAGAGUAUCUGCCCGUGGCGGUCGUGGCGGCUAUAGCUCCAGAGGUGGUCGCGGUGGUAGCAGAUCCACAAAGGCAGACAACUCAGAGGGCGCACCCGCCACAUUUGAAGAUGAAGGAGAAAUCGGCCAGAUGAAGAAGAAGUAUUCCGACACCCUGCCCAUGCUGAAGGAAUUGUUCAGCGAUUGGACCGAUGAGGAUCUCAUCUUCGCUCUCGAGGAUGCUGAUGGUGACCUGGAGGCAGCAAUUGAUCGCAUUAGUGAAGGCAAUGUCUCUCAGUGGGGUGAGGUAAAGAAGAAGACCACAGACCGCAGCCGUCCUAAGCCCAAGGAGGUACAGAGCACCCCGACCGAGUCAGUCAUCCCCUCUGUCCGCGGGGGCCGUGGACGCGGUGGGUUUGAAGGCCGGGGCCGUGCUCGUGGAGAUCGGGGCCGUGGUGGUCGCGGUGGCAGGGCUGGUGUUCACACCAAUGGCGCCCGUACUGAGAAGCCAGCUGCCGCUACCAACGUGAUCGAUACCCCUGCUACUGCUGCUCCCGAGCCCACCGCAAACACCAAGACUGAGAACACUGUCGAUGCUGAACCUGCAGCAAUCUCCGAACCCGCCGAUGCCCCGAAAGAUUACGCCCAGGACGUUCCUAAGCCCAGUGUGGUCCCCGGAGGAGCGAAGACGGGAUGGGCCAGCUUGUUUGCUAAGCCCACGCCGCCACCCCAGCCGAAGAAGCCUGUUGCUCCCGCUCCUGUUCAGGCCCCCGAGAAGCCUGCUGCUGCACCAGUGGAAGAGCAGAAACCAGCUGAGCCUACUCCUGCGCCGGCUCCUGCUCCUGUUUCGGCUCCUGCACCGGCUCCUGUGCCUGCACCGGUUCCCGCUCAGGCUCCUGUUCCUGUCCCUGUUCCCCUCCCUGUUCCAGUGCCUGCACAGAAAGCUCCCGAGCCUGUCAUCCCUCAGACUCUGCCUACCGAAGAACCAACCACCGUCAGCCCUCCUGCACCUGAAGUGCCCGCUCCCAAGGACGAUCUGACCAGGAACAACCUCGCCCAAAUUCCCGACGUCUCUCCUCCCGCCCCGACCGCUACCGCAGCUAGCACUGUGGGCAGCACUCUUGAGUCUGCUGCCAAUGCUCCGGUUGCUGCAACUCCCACCCGUAUUCCGGCCAGCAUCCACCCCAGUAGUGCUCUGAAGCACAGCACUCGCACUCCAGGCACCCAGCGUCGUGUUAUGGAACAGCAGGAGGCCGUGGUUAUGCCAGGCAACCACGCUGUGGACCGCGCGGCGGUCCAGUUUGGCAGCAUGGGACUGAAUGGCGAUGCUGUUGACGUUGACAUCGAUGAGAACAGGGAAGAUGCGGAAACCCGUGCUCAACCUCCUCAACAUUCUCCCGUCGCUCCUCGCGCCUCUUUGCCUCCUUCCACCCAGGCUCAGGCUCCUACCGAAACCCCUGCAGUUGCCCGCCCGGCUCCGGGACUUCCUCCUGUGCCCCAGGUGUCUGCUGCCGACAAUUCGUUUGCCGACUUCUCUCGCUACACUGAUGCCCACAAGCCCUAUGAUCCCUUCACCCAGCAGGUUUCGCAGCCCCAACCUCAAGUUCAGGAGCCGUUCGCCAACCAAGCUCCUAUCCAGCCAACUGCCACCACCGGCAGCGAGUACUCGCCAUUCUAUGCCGUUGACCAGCGUCUUCCUUACAACUACUACGGCUCCUACGGUCAGUCUCAGGAUGCCACUGUGGCUGCCCAGAGAGCAGGAUUUGGGGUCUCUGGCGCCGAAGUGCAGCCGCACGUCCCCACCACCCAACCUCCCAGUCGCUACGGUCAUGUCGAGGCCCCCAACAGCGGUCACACCACCCCCAACCCAACCCUUCCGGGCGCUACUCAGACACCAACGGCUCAGCACAUGCCAGGCCAGGGUGCCCAUAACUACGGAUACGGAUACCCCUACUACUCGAACCCUCACUAUGCUUCGUACAUGAGUGGAAUGAACCAGUACGGCAGAAACCGUCCUAUGUACGAUGAUGCUCGCAGAUACGACGACCACUACAUGCCCCACAGCAAUCAGUACGGCUACGGAAGCCAGUAUGGCCCCUAUGGUGGCAAGGGUGGAAUGUACGGUCAACCCCACGCCUUCUCUUAUGAUCACACCUCCUCCCCCGCCACGGCGGCUUCUUUCAACCAAACCAUCCCUGGCCGUGACUCGGUCUACGGUCGUACUGGAUCUGCCCAGCCAUCGGAGAGCCAGCAGUCCGCUGCGGCAGGUUCAAAUGCUUUCGGAACCGGUAUGUCGGACGUCUUUGGUCGAUCCCAGGGCAGCUUCGGCCAGAACCAGCCGAUCACCCAACAGCCUCCUGUGACGUCCGAGGAGACAAAGAGCUUCGAUACUCCUAAGGCGGCUGGACCCAGCCCCUCUCUUGCGCAGGCUAACCGCCCCGGUUCUGCCACGAACAGCGCCCCGGGUCAGCCUCAGGCCCAGAGUGGCCUUCCCCCGCUGCAGGGUCAGCAGGGUCAGCAGGGCUUUGGUGGCUACCCCCACCUGAACCCCCAGUACGGCGGCGGCUUGGGUGGUCUCGGCGGUCACCAGGCGGCCGGUUCUCAGACCCACCACCAACCCACUGGCUAUGGUAACUACGGUGGCGCAGGCUUCGCUAACUAUUAUGGCAACACACGUGGAGGCUGGGGAGGCAAUUACGGUCACUAGAGGGAUUAUGGCGUUACAUCUUAACUGGUGAUCAAAUCUACAUUGGCUCUUUCCCCUUGCUUUUCCCUUUGCUUUUUAUUUUCUUUGCCAUUAAUCUUGGGGUACGGCAAACCCCGGUAAGGGAAAUAUCUCAUCUUAUAUGCCACCUGUUAACACAUAUUU